AUGAAACGGUUAAUGAGCAAUUGGCGCCUGGAGACGGGCGCGGCAAAGCACGGGGCAGAGGGAGGGGAGAAGGGCGAGGUGGGCGAGCAGGGCGGGGCGGAGGGAGAGGAGGGGGAGGCAGAGGACAGGAUGAUGGAGAGGGGGAAGGGCGUGGAGGGCGAGGCGGCGGCCGAGCAGGGCGGGGCGGAGGGAGAGGAGGGCGAGGCAGAGGACAGGUUGAACAAGAGGGAGAAGGGAGUGGAGGGCGGGGCGGAGGGCGUGGCGUCGGGCGUGGAGGGCGCGGCGGAAAUCGUGGAGCGGGUCAACUUGGCCGCGGGGCUGGAGGUAGAGGAAGGGGCGAAGGAAUGGGACGAGGAAGAGGAAGGGGUGCCACAGCCCUCCCUCUGCCAUCUCUCCGCCCUUGCCUCCCUGCCAUUGACAGGAGAUCCACGGGGAGGAGGGAGGGAGAGGCGGGGGUGUGCAUGGGCCUCUCUGCUCCUAUUGGGCUAUUUUCAGCCCCGCUGUUCUCACCCAGCCCUCCCUCUGCCAUCUCUCCGCCCUUGCCUCCCUGCCAUUGACAGGAGAUGCACGGAGGAGGAGGGAGGGAGAGGCGGGGGUGUGCAUGGGCCUCUCUGCUCCUAUUGGGCUAUUUUCAGCCCCGCUGUUCUCACCCAGCCCUCCCUCUGCCAUCUCUCCGCCCUUGCCUCCCUGCCAUUGACAGGAGAUGCACGGAGGAGGAGGGAGGGAGAGGCGGGGGUGUGCAUGGGCCUCUCUGCUCCUAUUGGGAUAUUUUCAGCCCCGCACCCCGCAGUUCUCACCCAGCCCUACCUCUGCCAUCUCUCCGCCCUUGCCUCCCUGCCAUUGACAGGAGAUGCACGGGGAGGAGGGAGGGAGAGGCGGGGGUGUGCAUGGGCCUCUCUGCUCCUAUUGGGCUAUUUUCAGCCCCGCUGUUCUCACCCAGCCCUCCCUCUGCCAUCUCUCCGCCCUUGCCUCCCUGCCAUUGACAGGAGAUGCACGGAGGAGGAGGGAGGGAGAGGCGGGGGUGUGCAUGGGCCUCUCUGCUCCUAUUGGGCUAUUUUCAGCCCCGCUGUUCUCACCCAGCCCUACCUCUGCCAUCUCUCCGCCCUUGCCUCCCUGCCAUUGACAGGAGAUGCACGGGGAGGAGGGAGGGAGAGGCGGGGCCCCGCUGUUCUCACCCAGCCCUACCUCUGCCAUCUCUCCGCCCUUGCCUCCCUGCCAUUGACAGGAGAUGCACGGGGAGGAGGGAGGGAGAGGCGGGGGUGUGCAUGGGCCUCUCUGCUCCUAUUGGGCUAUUUUCAGCCCCGCAGUUCUCACCCAGCCCUACCUCUGCCAUCUCUCCGCCCUUGCCUCCCUGCCAUUGACAGGAGAUGCACGGAGGAGGAGGGAGGGAGAGGCGGGGGUGUGCAUGGGCCUCUCUGCUCCUAUUGGGCUAUUUUCAGCCCCGCUGUUCUCACCAAGCCCUCCCUCUGCCAUCUCUCCGCCCUUGCCUCCCUGCCAUUGACAGGAGAUGCACGGAGGAGGAGGGAGGGAGAGGCGGGGGUGUGCAUGGGCCUCUCUGCUCCUAUUGGGCUAUUUUCAGCCCCGCUCCCCGCUGUUCUCACCCAGCCCUACCUCUGCCAUCUCUCCGCCCUUGCCUCCCUGCCAUUGACAGGAGAUGCACGGGGAGGAGGGAGGGAGAGGCGGGGGUGUGCAUGGGCCUCUCUGCUCCUAUUGGGCUAUUUUCAGCCCCGCUGUUCUCACCCAGCCCUCCCUCUGCCAUCUCUCCGCCCUUGCCUCCCUGCCAUUGACAGGAGAUGCACGGAGGAGGAGGGAGGGAGAGGCGGGGGUGUGCAUGGGCCUCUCUGCUCCUAUUGGGCUAUUUUCAGCCCCGCUGUUCUCACCCAGCCCUCCCUCUGCCAUCUCUCCGCCCUUGCCUCCCUGCCAUUGACAGGAGAUGCACGGGGAGGAGGGAGGGAGAGGCGGGGGUGUGCAUGGGCCUCUCUGCUCCUAUUGGGCUAUUUUCAGCCCCGCUGUUCUCACCCAGCCCUCCCUCUGCCAUCUCUCCGCCCUUGCCUCCCUGCCAUUGACAGGAGAUGCACGGAGGAGGAUGGAGGGAGAGGCGGGGGUGUGCAUGGGCCUCUCUGCUCCUAUUGGGCUAUUUUCAGCCCCGCUGUUCUCACCCAGCCCUCCCUCUGCCAUCUCUCCGCCCUUGCCUCCCUGCCAUUGACAGGAGAUGCACGGAGGAGGAGGGUGGGAGAGGCGGGGCCCCGCUGUUCUCACCCAGCCCUCCCUCUGCCAUCUCUCCGCCCUUGCCUCCCUGCCAUUGACAGGAGAUGCACGGAGGAGGAGGGAGGGAGAGGCGGGGGUGUGCAUGGGCCUCUCUGCUCCUAUUGGGCUAUUUUCAGCCCCGCAGUUCUCACCCAGCCCUCCCUCUGCCAUCUCUCCGCCCUUGCCUCCCUGCCAUUGACAGGAGAUGCACGGAGGAGGAGGGAGGGAGAGGCGGGGGUGUGCAUGGGCCUCUCUGCUCCUAUUGGGCUAUUUUCAGCCCCGCUCCCCGCUGUUCUCACCCAGCCCUCCCUCUGCCAUCUCUCCGCCCUUGCCUCCCUGCCAUUGACAGGAGAUGCACGGAGGAGGAGGGAGGGAGAGGCGGGGGUGUGCAUGGGCCUCUCUGCUCCUAUUGGGCUAUUUUCAGCCCCGCUGUUCUCACCCAGCCCUACCUCUGCCAUCUCUCCGCCCUUGCCUCCCUGCCAUUGA